GUUGGCAAUGAUCAGCAGACAGUCUGACAGUCACAAGACCCAGCAGUCUCAAAACAGGUGAUACUUAUCGGGAAAUUUUACUCUGAGGCAAUUCUGCCUUCACUAUUUGAUUGAACGAAGGCUCCACUUCUUCCAUAAUGGCUGCUCCUCGACAGUCAAUCCAAGAAAUGAUUCCGAGUCUUCCCGAGGAAAACAUAGACAUGCUUGCAGCUACAAGCAGGCUACAGCAGCAGGCCACUGAGAUACGGGCUCAGCAUAUCAAUUGGCAAUCAUACAUGCAAUCGCAAAUGAUAUCAGUAGAAGACUUCGAAUUCAUCAAACCACUGGAUGCUGCUGAUGCUGUGACUCGUGAAGCUAUUCUGAAAGAAAACCGCACCCAAUGUGCCAAGACCUUCUUGAACUUGCUUGGCCAUGUGUCUAAAGAUCAGACAAUCCAGUACAUUCUCAUCAUGAUUGAUGAUCUCCUUCAGGAGGAUCGUUCUCGUGUUGAAAUCUUCCGUGAAUAUUCCCAGAAGAAGCGAGAGUCAGUUUGGGGUCCAUUCCUGAAUCUAUUAAACCGCCCUGAUGGAUUUAUCACAAACAUGACGGCUCGCAUUAUUGCAAAGAUGGCAUGCUGGAGCAAAGAAUUGAUGGAGAAGUCGGAUCUUCAUUUCUAUCUGACUUGGUUGAAAGACCAAUUGAAACAGCAGGGAACAGAAUUGGCUAAAGCUGAGCUAGAAUGCAAGAAAACCUCUUCAGUGGCUAAAGGUGAACUAGAGAGGAAGCACGGCUCUUCAGCGGCUAAAGGUGAAGUAGAAAGGAAGCAAGGCUCUUCAGAGGCUAAAGCUGAUCUAGAAAAGCAGAAAGGCUCCUCAACACCAGAAGAGAGUGGUUCACCUACCGUUUAUUCGGAGAAGUAUCUGCUGAACAAUGAGUAUGUCCAAUCUGUUGGACGCUGCCUGCAAAUGAUGCUGCGCAUUGAUGUUUACCGUUUGGCAUUUGUGGCUGUUGACGGUAUUUCCACUAUUAUUUCUGUCCUCCGUUGCCGAGUCAACUUCCAAGUUCAGUACCAGCUGGUUUUCUGCUUGUGGGUGCUGACCUUCAACCCACUUCUUGCAGAGAAAAUGAACAAGUUCAAUGUUAUUCCCAUUCUUGCUGAUAUCUUGAGUGAUUCUGUGAAAGAGAAGGUGACCCGUAUCAUCCUUGCUGUAUUCAGGAACAUGAUUGAGAAGCCCACUGACAGCCAGACCUCAAAGGAUCACUGCAUGGCUAUGGUUUCCAGCAAGGUUUUGAAGCAACUGAGUAUUUUGGAGCAGCGCAAAUUUGAUGAUGAGGACAUUGUUGCCGACAUUGAAUUUUUGAAUGAGCGCUUACAAGCCUCUGUGCAGGACCUGAGCUCUUUUGAUGAAUACGCCACCGAGGUGAAGUCUGGACGUCUUGAAUGGAGCCCUGUGCAUCGGUCUGCCCAAUUUUGGAGGGAGAAUGCUGGUCGUCUCAAUGAGAAAAAUUAUGAGCUACUUCGUAUUUUGACUCACCUUCUUCAGAACAGUCAUGAAGCCCUUGUUCUUGCUGUUGCUGCCUUCGAUAUUGGUGAAUAUGUACGCCACUAUCCUCGAGGAAAGCAUGUAAUUGAACAGCUUGGUGGCAAGCAAACUGUCAUGCAGCUUUUGGCUCAUGAUGACCCCAAUGUCCGUUAUGAGGCCUUGUUGGCUGUUCAAAAGCUUAUGGUUCACAACUGGGAGUAUCUGGGCAGACAGCUAGAGAAGGAACAAGACAACAAGACUCAAGGAAACAAACCUGCUUCAGGAGGCAAUGCUGUAGCAGCAAAGGCAUAAUUCAUCACAAAGCUUCAACAUUAAAAUGGAAUAAUUGUAACAUUACAUUUGAUUUGCUGAACCUCUUAAUCUAUGAAGUUUGUACUCUAUAUCAUGUUCAUUUCGGGAUUCGGCAGUGAAUUUUUGCCUUUGCAUCCACCAUUUUGUACUUUAUGCUUUUAAUUAACUUUGUGUGUAAAUUCUUUGAUUUCCCCUUGAGUUAAAUUAAGUAUUUUUAUUCUGCUAUUUCAUAUUUCAAUAUCUGUGUACUUUUCUCUCCAUUUAGGUCUUUCAAAGAUCACACAUCAAUCCAGUAUUAGUUCAAGACAAGUACUUACGUAAAUGAGAAUGGCAUAUUAAUCGGAGCUGAGAUUAUCAGCGGAAGUUGUUUUUCAGUACUUUUAUUUUCUGUGUUGGUCAGUUAAAGGUGCUCCAUGGUCUUAUUUGUGACACAACUCAUGUAGAUAGCUCCAUUCUUUUAAAAUGGUUGGCCUUUCUUUUUGAAGUGUGUUUUGUUUAUCUGUAACUCUGAGGUUCAGCACACAUUAUACUCAUUUUAAUUACCAUCUAUAAAUACAUUUUGAUAUUACUCUGGAAGGGAAACUUGUCUUCUGUUUGAACAUGAGAUUAAAAAGAAAUUUAAAAAGUUCAUCUAACAAGCGAUCAGAACUGCUGGUUUCCCCAGCAGGGUGAUUCAGAAUGUCUGUAGAGUAGUGAAAUUACAUUCCAGAGUACAGUUUCAAGUUUGGUCACAGCUGUAUUCUAUGUUGUAAGUAGGAAUCAUAACCGGAAAAAAUGUAUCUAUUGUACAUAAUAGCAUUUUAAAAGAAAAGGAAAAUGUAUGUAAUUUGUUAAAUCAUGUUAUGUUUGUUCUUUGACAAAGUUUUGCUUUGUUGCGCCUUAAAUUAAUAAGAGUGGGUAUUGACUAAGACAAUUGUAUCUUCAGUAUCUGCAAUAAAUAUGAAUUUUAUGAGCCUCAA